AUGGAAAUACCAUUCGGAUUAGAUAUCUCGGAGUUAAUCAUCAAAGCAAUCGAUGGAAAAUGCCGAAAAGUGGAAUUGGAGGUUCCCGAGUGCGUCCUGUGGCGCCCCAUCCAUCCUUUCGGCGACCCAUUGCCCGCUGGUCUUCCAUUUCCUGGCAUUCCAGUAUUCCGCACGGCCAACGUUUCAUCUUCCGGCAUUCCGCCCGGCCAACGCCCCAUCGCUCGUCCGGCAUUCCGCUCGGACGACGCUCCACCGUUCAUUCGGCAUUCCACCCUACCGACGCUCCAUUCUUCCGACGACAUUUCAUCGUUUUGCUGGCGGUCGCCCGGCUGGACGUCCGUCGUCCUGCCACCCCUCCAAAGUUUCGUCACCCUGUACAAAAUCUCGCUGUUCGAUCUCGUGUUCAAAAUGUUAAGUGAUUCGGAGUCGGAAAGCUCAAGUAUUGCCGAUCCGGAUGCAAUUGGUGUCGAAAAUGAUAUACUGAAUGAGCAAGUUGAGGAUGAUCCAUUUUAUUCCGAUGACGAAGCAGAGAGUAAACCGGAGAAAAACCAAGCUAUGCGUGUUGUUUUACAACUUUGUGAACCGUUUUGCAGCACACAUCGAAGAAUAACUUUCGAUAACUUCUUCACCAGCGUUCCGUUGGCAUAUGAACUCUUGGAGAAAGACAUGGUGUCAAUUGGAACACUCAGAUCAAAUAAAAAGGAAAUUCCCGUAGAGUUUCUCGGUAACUCAAAACCCCCCCCAGGAACGGUUAGAUAUGGAUUUCAUGAUCCAUUAAUGUUAGUGUCAUGGACAGCGAAAAAGAACAAAACCGUUCUUCUAUUAUCGACCGAUCCUGAAGCCAUACCGGAUGUGGAAACGAUUGAGAAAAAUCAGCUGAAUGCUGAGUGUCCUCCCAGUUCUUCGAAAACUGACACAAGAACGGUGGUGGAAAAGCCGAAAGUGGUGGAGCUAUAUAACUCUCUAAAGGCUGGUGUGGACACUCUAGAUCGUGCGACAGGAAGCUACUCAUGCAAAAGGCGCACGGACAGAUAUCCUCUCGCAAUUUUUCUAAACUUUUUAGACAUUUGCGGCCAUAAUUCUUUCCACACGUUUUUAGCAGCUCAUCCAACAUAUCUUCCGAAUGACCGCAGUAAAAAGCGCAAAUACUUAGACUGGUUGUCAAAGGAAUUAGCUUUGAAACACGUCAAAUCGAGGAAAAAUGAAACAGGUCUGCACCAUGAGGUCAAAAGCAAAAUCGAGCUAUUCAUUCGAAAUUUCGAGGACAUGUAUGGAGAGUCGAAUUCACCGACAUCUAUUUGUCUAUCAUGCACUUCAACGGAUGAUUUAAAGGUUUGUGAAUCAUGUGGUAAAACAGCAUGCAGCUCACAUUGCCGGAAAGUUCAGUGUUUUGCAUGCCCAAACUGCUUUGAGUCCCAAAACGAGUUUCCGGAGUUGCAACAUAUUACCCCAUCCCGGGACAAACAGCCAGCCUUGGCUUUGAAGGAAGCCGUCGCCGGGAUAGCAGCCAGCAUCGUUCAGCUGCUGACGCGGCAAGCAGUCAUCGCGGGUGCUGUAGGUAGAAGCCUACCCAUCGCUGGUGCCUUGCGGAUGGAUAGUCAACGAGUGAACUAUGCAGACCAGACGGACAGUGGUUCGCCAGCCCUUCCCCACCCACCACCAUCGAUCAACGGUUGGGAUUUGUAG